GAGAAAAAGGAAGCAGCCGUUUGGUAUGGGGUCGGGAAUCAUAAAAAGUAGCGUUCAGGCACUGUACGGGAUGAACAGAUCAGGUAGGUGAAGGACCCCGCAGGCUGUGGAAAAUUAAGUACAAGGGGCAAAUAGAGAGAUGAGAUCAGGUAGUCGUAGUGCGCGUUGUCACACCGUGUAGAGUAGGAAGUGUACCGUGUAGAGAAAGGAUCUUGUUGCUGCUGCUAAAUCUUUGUCCGACAUGGCAGCUGCGAAGGUCGUGGUGGUGGGAUCCUGUAUGACUGAUCUGGUGAGUCUUACCAAACGCCUGCCAAAAGCAGGAGAGACCGUUCAUGGGCAUAAGUUUUUCACUGGAUUUGGUGGAAAAGGUGCCAACCAGUGCAUACAGGCAGCUCGACUUGGCGCUAAAACCUUCAUGAUCUGCAAGGUUGGGAAGGAUUCAUUUGGUAAUGAUUACCUUGAAAACUUCAAGAAGAAUAAGAUUCCUACAGAAUUUGUAGGUCAAGUGGAUGCUGCUGCCACUGGAGCUGCUUCAAUUGUUGUCGACAAUGCAGGGCAGAACUUCAUUGUCAUUGUGGCAGGAGCAAAUUUGCUUCUGAAUUUCGAUGACUUAAAGAGAGCUGCUCAUGUCAUCUCUAAAGCCAACGUGGUGGUCUGCCAGCUGGAAAUAACUCCAGCUGUUUCUCUGGAAGCUCUGAAAAUGGCACAUGCCAGCGGAGUGAAGACUUUGUUUAAUCCUGCUCCAGCUCUUGCUGACCUAGACCCACUGUUCUAUACCCAUUCUGACAUCAUCUGCUGCAAUGAAACAGAGGCAGAAAUCCUAACAGGGAUUUCAGUUGGUAAUAACGAAGAUGCUGGGCGUGUUGGACUUGUCCUGUUGGAGAGAGGCUGUAAGGCUGCCAUUGUAACGUUGGGCCCAGAGGGUUGUGUCAUGGUCUCUGCAAAGGAACCCACCCCAAAACACAUUCCCGUUGAGAAGAUCACCGCUGUGGACACUACGGGAGCAGGUGAUAGUUUUGUGGGAGCACUGGCUUUCUAUCUGGCUUCCUACCCCCAUCUGCCGCUAGAAGAAAUGCUGAGGAAGAGUAACUUCAUUGCAUCCAUUAGUGUCCAAGCAACAGGAACACAGACUUCCUUUCCUUUCAGAAAGGAUCUGCCACAAGAUUUAUUCUAAAAUGUACCACUUCCAUUUCAAAAUAGGCACUGAUAUUCUAUUUGUUUUGGUAAGAGAAUUAUGAUUUUUAAACAAAUACUAUGUAUGUGGCUGCUAGAGAAAUGUAAUUGAAUUAACCUGAGUUCUACGUAACAUGCACAGGUUUUCUCACUAUGCUAUUACUCCAUGAUCUAGAAAAUUAUUUUCUGUACUUUAGCCAAAGAUUUGUGAAUGACAUACAUUCCUGUAAACAAAUUAAAGUAGGCAUUUGAUGCUAUAAUAAUGCCUUAAUGUCUCAAAGAAUGAGUCGUGAAGUAACAUUUUCUAAGAAAUAAACUUCUUAAAUUUG